AUGGUUUCGUUUCUACAGUGGUUCGCAUUCUGGGCCUUCGCUGGACUUCUCACGCUGCCAUGGCUAUUCUGCGUUUAUCGAAUUGUCACCAACUCAAUCGGCAAGACUCGGAGAAUACAAAAGGUCCUCGACGCCAAAACCGCGCCGAAGGUCGUCAUAAUUAUGCCCGUUUACAAGGAAGAACCAGAAACAUUGAUCAAGGCAGUCGACUCAGUCGUCGAUAGCGAUUACCCCGGGCGCUGCAUCCAUGUAUUCCUGUCAUACGACGGCAGCUUCAUUGAUGAGCCAUACCUCCGCGUGAUAAACCAUCUUGGCAUACCAAUAUCACUUCGGAACUAUCCCCAGAGUAUCGACGUGACCUACAAAGGAGCAAGGAUCACCGUGUCCCGCUUCCGACACGGCGGUAAGCGACAUUGCCAGAAGCAGUCGUUCAGGCUCAUCGACAAAGUGUACGCGGAUUAUCUCAAGGAGCAUGACGACCUCUUUGUACUUUUCAUUGACUCUGACUGCAUGUUGGACCGGCUUUGCCUCCAGAACUUCAUGUACGACAUGGAGCUUAAGCCUGGGAGCAAGCGCAACAUGCUAGCCAUGGCUGGGAUCAUCACAUCAACCACCGAGAAAAACACCCUCAUCACCGUACUACAGGACAUGGAAUACAUACAUGGCCAAUUGUUUGAGCGGUCUGUUGAGUCCGGCUGCGGCGCGGUAACCUGUCUUCCGGGAGCGCUGACGAUUCUACGGUUUUCGGCCUUCCGCAAGAUGGCCAAAUACUACUUUGCAGACAAAGCCGAACAGUGUGAAGACCUGUUCGACUAUGGGAAAUGCUACCUGGGCGAAGAUCGCUGGCUGACUCACCUCUUCAUGAUUGGGGCAAGAAAUCGCUAUCAGAUUCAAAUGUGCACCACUGCAUUCUGCAAGACCGAAGCGGUGCAGACAUUUAAGAGUCUUUUGAAACAACGCCGGCGAUGGUUCCUAGGUUACAUAACCAACGAGGUCUGCAUGCUAACGGACGUCCGGCUCUGGAGGCGAUAUCCUCUCCUGUGCUUGGUUCGCCUUCUGCAAAACACCAUCCGGACAACUGCGCUUCUUUUCUUUAUCCUGCUUAUAUCGAUCAUGACAACAUCCAGCAGAGUGGACGAUCUGCCUGUUGGCUUCGUUGUGAUUUCGCUUGCUCUCAACUACACACUCAUGUUCUACUUUGGGUUGAAGCUCAAAAGAUACAAAGCUUGGCUUUACCCACUGAUGUUCAUUCUGAACCCCUUCUUCAACUGGCUGUAUAUGGUCUACGGGAUAUUCACUGCAGGCCACCGCACAUGGGGAGGGCCCAGAACCGACGCUGCCAGAGCUGACGAGUUUACUACCCCUGAACAAGCCGUGAGACAGGCGGAAGCGCAGGGAGACGAAUUAAACGUGGAGGUCGAGACGUUUCGAACAGCAUUUGAAGGGAAAGGAGUUCCUGUUCAUCCGUGGAAAAAGGUCACCGGGCGCUUCUCAAUCGAAGACCCUACUCCCAUCAAAGGAGGGGUGGUCAAUGACACCGAAGCUGGUUUGUCAAAGUACUUGUCGCCUCUUCCGGAAAUCCCUCGAAUCGGCCUCCAUCCACCGUGGUCAACAGAAUCUGUACUGUCAUCCGUGGACUCCAUUGAGAUGCCGCAUAAUGUUGAAAGCCUAGUGAAUGAGGAGAAGAUGUACCUUAGUCGCAAGGGACAAGAGGCCUCGGGCCCCCGCCGCAGUUCCGAAUCCCUCCGCGAGGCUCAAAAAGCAGAUGAGUCCCAGUCCCCAAGACCAAGCGGUGAUGGCGACAGCACCUUUACGGAAUGCAGCCAAGUAGGUUCAGCGUUGUCACGAGAGACAACUAUAGCAGCGGGGGAGGUCGCCAAUGCAGACGAGCGACCAGGUUUCCAACCGUUGGAGUUACCACGUCUACCGAACGAUUCAACUGAUCGCCUUACAAUAACCAGGAGCGUUUCUAACGCGGAAAGCUCCCAGGCGCAGCGCUUAAGCAAGACCCCGAGUCCGGCAAAGUCACGGAAAAGAGGAACAGUUGCCUGA